AUGGAUCACGUCAAUCUUCUAAUGAAUGCUGCGCGAACAGCAAAUGAAGAAGUAAUCAUGACAUUAUUUCUGAAGAAAUUGGAUCUUACAUGCGUUGAUGAAGAUGGAAAUACUGCAUUACAUAUUGCCGCAAUGGUGAGGCGAUACGUUCGAUUCUCAGCCAAAGCAAAUACAACAAUACGUUUCGAGAAAAGAACUGCUUAUAUUUAUAAAUUGUUAGCUGCGAAGGCUAACGAAUCAUCACAUUUUUAA